GCCGGAGGUGCCCUCGGGUUCGCUGACGCUGUGCUUCACGAACGAUGUGUAAGUGCCGAGCCCCAGUAUGGGGACUUGGCGUGGAUCCCACCGACGUCCGAUGACGUCGAGAGACUUCUCGCAGGCGGGGAUGGUCGGAUGUCGAUGCUGCCGGACACGUUGGAGCUUAUCCUUUUUCUGCGCUUCAACCGUUCUCUCUGGAACGAAGUCUCCGUCGCUCAA